GUGUUCCACGUGUGUCACGCUGACGGCCGGAUGAACAGCUUCCUGUGUCCCAACACCACUAUCUUCAACCAGCAGAGGCUUGUGUGUGAUUGGUGGUACAACGUUAACUGCGGAAUCUCCUCGCAGCACUUCAGCGUCAACGAAGAGAUAGGGAAAGUGACUCCCUCGCCUGGCAGAUCCAGAGCCUCCAACGAUUUCAGCAGAGUUACUACAGCGGCAAGACCCGCCACACCCUCCCCGGUGCUCCGAGGCACAUCAGGAUUCACGGCAAUACCACAGAAUAACAUCAGAGGCAGAACUGAACAAUCUCGAGGGUCACAAGGGUCCGUAAGUCGUCCUCCUUCCACUUCCCCUACUCGUCCUCCUCUUCCUCCUCCUACUCCCGCCGCUCGACCUUCUCCUAAUCCUACUUCACGUGCUCCUACCCGUGCUCCAACCAUUCCUACGCGUGCUCCUACGCGCCCUCCAACUCGUCCUCCAACUCGUCCUCCUACUCUUUCUCCUACUCGUCCUCCUACUCGUCCUCCUACUCGUCCUCCUACUCAUUCUCCGAGUUCUGUCCGUUCUCCCACAUUAUCUCCUUCAAGUGCUCCAUCCCAAUCUUCUCCGGGUCAGCUACCAACGACUUUCAGGCCCAACUCAUUUCCAAGGACGCAGUCCAGAGUGGUGGUAAAUCGCCGCCCCGUGCUGCCAACCCUUGCACCAGCUCGCUCCUUCAACAGGCCUCCAGCAGACGGCGUAAAUCUCCUCCUGAGUGGCAUCCAGAGCUCUCAAACACCUGCUAAUGUUGCUGACUCGCGACCGACUGGCCAGGGUGUUCCACUGCCCACUCUCACAGGAAACAGAAUCUCCUCAAGCACGUCAAGCCGAGGCAGAGGAACGCAGGCGUCAUCCAGCACGGGUGGAAGCCAGACUAUUUCCGGUAGACAGCAACAGUUUCCACCUUCAACACCUACACAAAAGGCUCCUGGAGUUAACAUUGGGCAGCCUGCUGGUACUGGAACCCCGACCACUUUUGGUGCUCGUAUCCCUCAAUCUCCAACAACGUUCCAGUCCGGCGGCGUCCCUCUGCCUACGCUCAGUGGAAGGGGUAGUUCAGGUACAUCAGUCAGUCAAUCAUUUGGAACACAGCCACAGAGACCACAGUUACAAAGACCCCAAGUAGGACAGCCUAUAAGGAUCCCUGGUGCUGUCACUCCUACGACUCGCCAAGGAGUUAGGGGUGGAGGACAGCCAAGAGAUGGAAGUGUUGGUGUUCCUCUCCCUGCCCUUUCUUCUUCUGGUGGUUUUACUGGAGGACGAGGUGGACAAGGACGGGGAUCUGGAAACCGUGGCGUUCCUCUUCCAAGUAUUGCUCCUGCCCAGGCCGGAGGAGGUGGUGGUGUUCCACUUCCUGGUUUGUCCUUGUCUCAGGGUGGUCAGAGAGGCUCCUUUGGAGUCCCUCUACCGAGCCUACCCCACAAGGCGGAUAGGGAUGACCUGGAUGACCGGUUUGACGAUGAUCGUUUCGACCUGGAUGAUCGCUUCGAUGAUGAUCGAUUUGACGACGACCGUUUCGAUCUUGAUGAUCGCUUUGAUGAUGAUCCUUUCGAUCUUGACGAUCGAUUUGAUGAUGAUCGAUUUGAUUUGGAUGAUCGUUUCGACGACGACAGUUUCGACCUUGAUGAUAGAUUCGAUGACGACCGUUUCGAUCCUGAUGAUAGAUUCGAUGACGAUCGAUUUGAUCUUGACGAUCGAUUCGAUGAUGAUCGAUUUGAUGAUGACCACCUUAGGACUGUCAGACUUCCCCGGGCGCAAAUAUCCCAC